CUCUCAAAAACACCCAAAAGCUUCUCCUUUUGCUCUGUAAUUGUGAUGCUGAUAGAUAGAUCCCGCCACCCAUCCCUCCCCGUAAGAUUCCGGACGUGUUUUCCGUUGAAUCUUCGCCGGUGAUAUUCUACACCUCCAAUCACACUUCGUAUGGUUCUCUCAAAACUCCAAGAUUUCAUUUAUUUUCUUUGCUUUUGAAUCACCUGAAAAGAAUAACUUUUGAAGUGAGCAAGUUCGAUAGUGACAGAAACAGUUAUAGAUGCAAAUGUCUUUCCAGAAUCAAGGUCUUUGGAUGGUUAAAGGUGCUGAGUGUAUAAAUGAUGGUGAAAUUAAUGGUGAAAUUAAUUACGAUAAUUCUUCUUCUAGAAUUGAGUCAAAGCGUUCUCACCAGUGGUUGAUGGAUGGAGAGGCAGAACUAUUUCCCAAUAAGAAACAGGCAAUCGGAGUUCCAACAAACAAUUUAUUUACAGGAAUGCUAAGCACAAAUGCUACCCCGUGGGGCAGUGCUUCUAGUUUUCAGUCAGUAUCUGGUCAUUUCACUGAACGGUUUUUAGAUUCUGAUACAAACAGGGCCGUUGAUUUCGAUGACAGAAGCAUUGCAUCAGUUAGCUCAGGAAAAAUUAACAGCAUAGGCAGGAAGUUAGAUGAGCAUCUAUUUGGUAAUGAUUCCCCUUUUGGCUUAUCUAUGCCUCAUAUGUUGGAAGAUCCAAGAUCAGGUUUAAACUAUGGCGGGAUUAGAAAAGUGAAAGUUAGCCAGGUCAAGGAAUCUGAGAAUGUCAUGUCUGCAUCAUUGGAACAUGCCUUUAGUAGGGUGGAUCGUAAUACCAUGUCAGUUGCUCAAUCUUAUGACAAAGAUGAAAGUAUCAUAUCGAUGGGUCUUGCUUAUAACAAGCAGGAUGAGAAUGGCAUGUCAAUGGGUACUUAUGACAGGGAGAAUAACAUUUUUAUUUCAAUGCGAAAACCCUGUAACAAGGGUGAUGAACACGUAUCAAUGAGUCAAACAUACAAAGAAAAUGGCAAUGCCAUACCAAUGGGUCACACAUUUAGCAAUGGUGAGAACAAUACCAUAUCUAUGGGUCAAACCUACAGCAAGGUAGAUGAAAAUAUCAUCUCAAUGGGGCACAUGGGGCACAUCUACAAUAAAGGGAAUGGUGGUAUGGUAUCGGUGGAUCAAACCUAUGACAAAGAUGGUAACAACAGUCUAUCAAUUGGCCAGUCGCGUAAUAAGGGGGAGAGUACUAUAAUAUCCUUUGGGGGCUAUGAUGAUGAUGACACAAAUUGCUCAGGGAAGCUUACAUCUAGCUAUGAACUGUUGAUGGCUCAGCCUUCUUUUCAAAGAUCAGAAGUAAGAAAUGAUAAUGAAUUGGUUAUAUCAAAUGUGGACACACGUGUAUCUGCUCUACAUGUAGCUACCUCAGGGACUGAUAAUGUUUCUAAGAAAAAAGAUGACAUAAAAACAGCUAAGAAGCUUCCCUCAAACAACUUCCCUUCAAAUGUUAGAAGUUUGCUGUCCACUGGCAUGCUAGAUGGAGUACCUGUAAAAUAUGUGGCAUGGUCACAGGAGAAGGAGCUCCAUGGUGUUAUAAAAGGUUCUGGAUACUUAUGUGGCUGUCAGACAUGCAAUUUCUCUAAGGUAGUUAAUGCUUAUGAAUUUGAGCGGCAUGCUAAUUGCAAAACUAAACAUCCAAAUAAUCACAUAUAUUUUGAGAACGGGAAGACUAUCUAUGGCAUUGUUCAAGAGCUAAGGAGUACACCUCAAAAUAUGUUGUUUGAAGUUAUUCAGACGAUAACCGGUUCACCUAUCAACCAGAAGUCUUUUCGUCUUUGGAAAGAAUCCUUUCUAGCUGCAACUCGUGAACUUCAACGAAUAUAUGGAAAGGAUGAAGGGAAGCCAUCAUAAUUUGUUAUUAGACGUGUCGUUUCUAGAUUACCGAGAACUUAACAAAUCUUAAAUUUUAAGUACCUCAAUUACGUUUGUGAAAUGCAAUGCAUGCAGGGUACUCAGGACUAGCGUAUUACAUUCAAGGCAUAGCGAUGAGGAUUUGUUUUUGUAACAGCCUGCGAAGGUAUUUCUAUAAACACAGUGCUCAAUCUUACUACUAGCAUAUAAGCACACAUGAAAUCGCAUAUGUUGAAGAUCCAAAUAUGCAUUUCAGCAUAUGCGAUUUUGUGUGUUCAGUAUGCAUACAUGCUAGUAGUAAGAUCAAGCACAUGUCUAGAGAGAUACCUUUCCAAGUACAUUUGCUGAGCCAAAAUGAUGGAGCUCAUGACAGCAACAAUAACCAUGCACAAGGGACUGAAAGCUGUUAUGAAAACGGGCCCUUGAAUGUAAUAGGCUAGUCCUGAGCAGAAAAUACACAACAUGCUUCGCAUUCACAAAAGGAAGGUGCUCUGUUUCUUUUUAUGUUUCUUUUGUUAGCAGUGAUAUAUCAUUUAGAACAGAGGUAAGCUGUAGUAUAUAUUUUUUUAUUAUCUAAUGAGUAAUGAUUGUUUUCUUUC